AUGAAGACCGUAUAUGUGAUCAUCUAUUCGGCCUAUGGCCAUGUCGAAAAGAUGGCGCAAAGCAUCAUAAAGGGAUUGGAAAAAUCCAGCGUCAAGGUAAAGCUUUUUCAGGUUCAAGAAACACUUUCCCAGGAAGUGCUGGGAAAGAUGAACGUAAAAGCGAUGCCCCAUAUACCUGUGGUGACCGCAAAUGAUCUCCACGCAGCGGAUGGAUUUAUGUUUGGAUUUCCGACCAGAUUUGGGAUGGUUCCAGCACAGUUUAAAGCCCUUCUUGACAGCUGUGGAAAGCUGUGGCUAAAUGGCGGGCUUUCGCAAAAGUUUGUCGGAACAUUCGUGUCCACUGGGUCUUUGGGAUUUGGGCAAGAAGGGACCCACUUGUCGUUGAUGCCGUUUUUUGCGCACUUGGGAAUGAUAUAUGUCCCGUUGGGCUCAAAAUGUCCCCUAUUGCUUGACCUUUCUGCUGCACAUGGCGGAUCGCCCUACGGUGCAGGAACGCUUGCAAGCUCGAAUGGGUCUAGAACGCCAUCAGAACUAGAAUUGUCGAUUGCAGAAUUUCAGGGCCAAGAAUUCGGUACCCUGCUUAAUAGAAUGCAAUAA